CUACGUUCUCUCUCCCUCUCCUUCUCUAGUGUUUCUCUCUCUAUCUCUCUCUCUUGCAUUCUGUGUGUGUGUGUGUUGAAGUUAGGGUUUUUCGAUCCCCUUUUGUCAUUCCUGGAUUCUGCGUCGUCUUUCACCGGAUCAAGAUUAUCUGCUUUGUGUUUUGCUUGGAUAACUUAACCAAGCUACAUUGCAAAUUUACUUUGAAGUGAACAUAGUGGAGUUGGUUUUGACUGUCUGAUGUGCGAUAUCUCACAUGUCUUUACCAUCAUUGUUGGAGUAAAAGGAAAGGUGCUAUUACUCAUUGUGAUUGUGUUUGGUUAGUGCAAUCUGGACAAGCUAGAUUCUAAUACUACUUUGGAAAUUAUCGAUAUUCAGAAUUAAUCUUGGUAAGGAAACAUAUAGACCAUCAGAGGAGGAUUCCUUGUAUCCAUGCUGGCAGAGAGCAUGCGUGGAAUUUGUGCUUCGGGUAAUGCCCCUGUCGAAAUCUGCUGCCGAUGCAUUCGGUUUGGUGACAAUUUGCCUAGUUGCUCUCUUGAUUUUUCUUGGUUUCCUUUGCAUUGCCUACUCAUUUUACUUCCAGUCUCGUGUUCGUGAUCAAGGCUUUAGUCAACUCACUUAUUUUAGUGGUCCUUGGAUUGUCCGAAUCACAUUUAUUUUGUUUGUAAUCUGGUGGGGUUUUGGUGAGAUUGUACGGUUGAGUUUGCUAAGGCGUGACGGAAGUGUGUUGAAUUCCCUAGACUUGAAAUGGCAGGAAACUGUUUGCAAAGGCUACAUUGUUUCAAAUCUGGGUUUUGCAGAACCUUGUUUAUUCCUCACCCUAGUGUUUCUCCUUCGUGCACCCCUACAGAGGAUGGAAACAGGAAUUCUAAGUCGAAAAUGGAACAGAAAAACUGCAGGAUAUGUCCUCCUUUAUUGCCUUCCCAUAUUUGCCCUCCAGCUCUUCAUUAUUCUAAUUGGACCAGAAUUGCGUAAGAAUAAAGGCUCCUUGCAGACAUUGCCCCAUUAUUUUACAAGCCCAGCUAGUCUUAUGUUAGAAAAUGCUGCUGCUGCUGAUGUUAUUGCCCUCUGCACUUACCCUUUACUAAAUACCAUCCUCCUAGGGAUUUUUGCCACCAUGCUAACUGUCUACCUGUUUUGGCUUGGAACGCAGAUUUUGGAAUUGGUCAUCAACAAGGGUUUGCAGAAGAGAGUCUACACAUUAAUAUUCUCUGUUUCUAGUUUUCUUCCAUUGAGGGUUCUUUUACUUGGGCUAUCCGUUUUAUCUAAACCAGAGGAUUUUCUGUUUGAAGCACUUGCUUUCUCAGCUUUUCUUGCCCUUUUUUCUUGUGCUGGGGUUUGUAUUUUUAUGAUUGUGUACUUCCCAAUAGCGGAUUCUUUGGCCCUGGGGAAUCUUCGCGACUUGGAGGCUAGGAGAAGAAUCACUGAUGAGCACAAUGACACCAUUUCCCUCAUUGCUAACCAAAGCCAUCUUGAAGAAAGUGGUCGAGUAAGUCCUGGGAGAAACUCUGAUGCCUCGACCAAGCGUGGAUCAAUUUCUUUUCGAACUUAUGAAAGGGGUGGGACAUCAACAGCACCAUUUGUGGAACUGAGCCUAUUCUCUCCUAGUCGAGACGAAACCCCAGCAGGAUCACCUCCACUUCUUGGUUGGCCUAUGCGUCCGCCAAAGCAAGUUCAAGGAUACUAAUUGCGAAGGAACUGAGUAUGGGUGAAUAUCAAUUUUGUGGUAAAGAAAAACUGAUUGUAAAGGGUUAGUUUUAAUAAGAAUUUUUAUUCUUGGUUUGUUUUUAAAUUUUAGAUGAUCAUCAGGGUGGUUUUAAUUUUUAUUCUUGGUUUGUUUUUGGUUCUAAUGAAAGCAUGUACAUUAUGAUCAGCUAGGGUAAGAGAAUAUAUGGAUGGCGAUUGUGGUCCCGCA